AUCAGCGCUUGCUUUUGACAGGAGCACGAGCGCGCCCUCCCGUGUCGCGAUCCUUUGAAAAGGUGUCUGACUCUGAACAAAAGUUCUUGCAUGUGCGCAAAAGCCUAGGCCCAGGGUCAAACGCUGGUUGAUCCUCUUCACUAUUUGUUGUAGAAGCUGCCUGCGGGCUGCUGUUAGACACGUCACGCUGCCAAUGAGAGCAGCUGAGACAUCUUGCACAGACAUCAGCAGCUUGCUUUUAACGACAAUCUGAACAAAAGCAAAGAGUCUGAGGCGCUUCUUGAGAAGGCUUCCCAAAAGAUCCAAAACGUGUUGAGUCAAUCAUGGCGUUGCAGGGCCAUCAGCAGCGUUGCGCUAAGCAGGAAAGGGAAGCAAUAAGCGCGUUUUUCGAUGGAAAACUAUCCCCCCAAACAGUUGACCUCCUUGUCCAUGGAGGCUUCACAGCCUCCGUCUUUCAACGGCUCAGGAAACAUGAGCUGCCAACGCUAUCUCGUGUCUUGAAUGAGCUCCACAUCAAGCUCUCUGACCAAGAAAGAGAGGCCAUGGAGCAAUGCGCUGAAUGGAACUCUAUCCCAGUGCCGAGCGGGGAGAAAAGUACGUGCCAAGGAAGCGUUGUUCGACCCGACGAGCAGGAGCUCGUAAAGUAUCGCCAGAGGGCCUCUGGUUGGGUUGACAAGGACCGUUACUUAAGCGAGUACCUGGCAUUCGAAGGCCAGGCAUCCUACGGGCAGGAAGUGGACAUCGAAGCAGGGUGGGGCGCUUCUCGUGACGAGAAACAAACUUCGAAUGACAUGGGAGACCAACCGGGUUGUUUGCGACUUGGCCCACUCUUCUUGACAAAGGAUGACAGGCACUUGAGCUUUGCUUUGCAAGAGGUGGACGCGGACUCGGAUCCACAAGCUAAAGAGUUCGACCGCCUCAUCGUGAACGCUGCCAUGGCAACUAGGGAGCUGAAUACGAUUCUGAAGGCAGGAGCGUCUGAUCGGCCGCGCCAAAGGAAGACGUACGAUCCAUCAAGAGUGCUGUUUGUUCGUUCGUAAGUGGGGGUCAGAGAACGCGGUCGUGAACGUUGGCAAAGCAGACAAACUGUAUCGCCAGAAGUCAAACAGCGGAUCUCUAUUUAUGAAUUGCGAGUAACAGUGAUUGAAAGCAUGCAGCCUUCAGAAACUUUGCCGCUUCGCAUGAGAGAGAGGUGGCACGCGUGUCAAAUAAGAUGAUGAAAAUGCCGCCUGGCAGCUGCAG